AUGGCGGACAUCAUUUUCGAUAAUCACACCCAUGAUCCGCGUCGACAAACCUUCAUCAUACCCCUUACUUAUCCAGACAUAGCUCUUGGCGCUGCUGAUAUUCCUAACAUCAGCCAUGGUGGUGACAUUUGGGAAAUGAGAGUCGAUCUCCUUAGCCCCUCUCGUGAGCCUCUGGGUGCAACGAACUUGCCGCCACUGAGCUACGUUCAAGCUCAGAUAAAAUUCCUUCAAUCUCUAUCCGAAAUGCCUAUUCUCUUUACUAUCCGCACAGUGCCUCAAGGGGGCAAGUUUCCGCCGGACGCCGGGAACGAGGCUCUGGCGUUGAUGCUCAUGGCUGUUGAAGAGCGGUGCAAAUACAUCGAUGUUGAGAUCAAAUGGUCUCCUGAAAUGAUCAACGCUGUCGUUGAGAAGAAAGGAAGCUCGAAGAUCAUCACCUCGUUUCACGAUUGGACUGGUGAUAUAUGA